UCUUUUUUUUCCUCUUCCUUUCUCUUGUUCUCUUGAGUUCCCAUUAUCAACAUCAUCAUCACCAUCAUUAUGAGUGAAGGACAUCUUAAGAAAAAUGGCGAAUGGCUUUGUCCUGUCUGUGAUACAAAAUGGGAUUCUCAACAUUCUUUUACAGUACAUAUUCGCCAACAUAACCCUACUGAUCACUCACACACCUGUUCGAUCUGUGGUAAGACUCUUUCCUCGGCUAGUUCCCUUGACCGUCAUAUGCUGAUACAUUCCGGUGAACGACCAUUUAAAUGUAAAAUAUGUAAUAUGACAUUCACAACUAACGGAAAUAUGCACCGACACAUGAGAACUCAUGGGACAACUUCAAAUGAAAAUGCUGCUCCAGAUAGUCCUCGCAGUCCUCAUCUCAAAUCUAAGGAUAGUUCUCGCAGUCCUCAGCAAACAUCAAAGGAUAGUUCUCGAAGUCUACAACUUACACCAAAGGAUAGUCCUCGCAGUCUUCACCACACGUCAAAGGAUAGUCCUCGAAGUCCUCAUCACACAUCGAAGGAUAGUGGUUACUCGCCUAACGAUAAUAAUCAAAAUGGUAAUGGCUCUGCUUCAAUUGGAUUCCAUGAUCUCACAUUCACUGAUUUUUCCUCACACAAAUAUCCGCUAAUCGCUCAAUCAUUUUGCGAGUCCAACAUUCGCAAAUCAAGUUCACCCUACCACAAUUUUCAAUGUUCAAAUUGUCCUAAGGCAUUCCCCUGUGCUGCUGCUCUUUCGUUGCACCAGCAAAAAUCCCAUAAUUCUUCAAUCAUUUCCACUGAUCAUACUUCAUUGAAGAUGGAGACCCCUGAGAGCCAGUCAAAACCAUCAACACUCUCUUCAACUUUUUGUCAUAUUUGCCAAAUCGACCUUGGUAGUUCUGUAGAGUAUGCUGCACAUCAAACUAAACAUCGCUAUGAUAGUUUUUUAUCAUCUGUUGUUAAAGGCGUUAACUUAACAUCAUCGACCUCAUCUCCAUCCAUCAACUUUUCAAAAGCAAUCGUAACUAACCCGUCCAUUACCACUGAUAAACUGCCUUCAAUUGAUAAUGCAGAUGUCGUCAUUAAAAAUUUUUCUAAUGAUGAUGAUAAUGAUGAUGAAGAUCAUCAGCAAUAUUUAAGCAAUGACAAUGAGAAGGAGCAAUUUCUCGCUAUGCUUCAAUUACACAAAAAGAACAUCAACAACAGCCUGGUCAAAGUUCAAUCUAUAGAUGGAUCAUCACCAUUUAGAGAUUUGGAAAGCAACGCUAAACCGCCUUUCAAUCGCCUUAAUAAAAAUUCAAUCACUAAUAGUUCAAAGACCAAAUCAAAGAUUAAAUCAAAGGUAAAAUCAAAGGUAAACUCGAAAACCUCAAGUAGAAAGUUGGAUGGUCCUUUGACCGAUAAAACCAAAGAAGUCAAAAAACAAGCUAAACAUGACUUAGCAGAUAGUAAUUAUACCAACUCUAAAGAUUCACUUUUGAAGAAUGUGACAUCGUGUUCAUCACUAUUAUCAUUUGCUAAUUCGUCAUCUCUUGAUAAUAAAAAGACAAGUUUCAAAAGAAGGAGAUUAUUAUCUACACCAACAUCAUCAGUUCGUUCGCCGUCAAGAGCUUCAGCAUCCUUACCCUUACAGGAUACUGAUAAGAUGAAUGGAGAAAAUAGCAAUCCACCAUCAAUAGAAGCUACAACAUCAUCAUCGCCUUCGGAGGAUGGAGAAAAAGAAAUGGAAAUCGAUCUUCCAGAAAACAACUCUUCAGGAACCUCAGGUUCCAUGGGGAAGGAAAAUUCUGAAGAAAUGGAUACUGGUGAAACGGCCCAACAAAAUAGUAGUAUGAACGCGAAUGUACCUCAACCAAAUCAUCGAUGUGAAAUCUGCGCUCUCGAAUUCAAGACUUUUAACGCACUUAAAAGACAUAAUCGAGGUCAUACCAAAAGUGGACAUAAUUACGUUUGUAACAUGUGUUCUUAUACUAGUUUGGACAAAUCAACUUUGGUACGCCAUCUUCGCACUCACAACGGAGAGCGUCCCUUUCAAUGUGCUAUUUGUAAAUAUGCAUUUACAACCAAAUCCAACUGUGAACGACAUGUUCGUAAGCGUCACAAGAAAUUGUCAAAGCCAGAGAUUAAAAGUUCGAUGCUUUUCAACGCUGGUUUAACAAAAUCCUCACCAACAUCUGACUCCAGUCAAGUAACCAUCCAAAAUAUUACUCGUCAUAAUAAUGACACUCGUCUACCAAAUAUUUCUGGUCCUGAAUGGCCUGGACCAAAUGAUACUCUUUGCCGUCACUGUAAUCUUGAUCUUAAAAGUAACAAAGUUCUUCGUCAUCAUAUAAAAACUUUACAUGCCUUGAGUCAAAAGCCAUACUCCUGUACACUUUGUAAAUUGGGAUUUAGUACAAAAAAUAACUGCAUUCGCCAUGUAAUCCGACUCCAUCCCGAAAUGAAAAAAGACAUAAAAUCUAUUGUACUAGUCAAUGGUACCUCUGUUAAUGGUAACUCCCAAAGUGGUAGUGAUGAAAUUUCUGAAUCAGAGGCCGCAACACUCGGUGAAACAUCGCAAAAUGGAGGUAAUUCAACUAUUGGUACAAUUGCUCGUCGUAAAACCAAUGCUACAUCAACCAGUUCAACAAUCAAGCACAGUCAACCCCUAAAUUCAGCCAGCAAUUGUAGUUUCACCGAAACCUCAAAUCCGCCACCAUCUAUACCUUUACCUAAUGCUUCUGGUCAUGAAGAUCCCGUCGAUGCAAUCACAUUAGCCUGGCAAUUCCACUCAAGUCUUGCCGCUCUAUGUCAAAUAAUAUCUCCAAUAUCUCCGAUUGCUGGUAACUCCACCUCAACUGUAGCCACUGUUCCCGGACUUCCUGGAACAGUUGAAAGAAAAUCUUUAUCCACUGUCACUGAAGACUAUGAUGGUGAUGAAUCAAAUAGUGAAUAUCAACCUCUCGAUCUAGCCAAAACCUCUGAUUCAGAGAAGGAACCAAUUCCAUCCAAAGGAACUCCAAGAAAUCAACCGAUUCCCACAAGACUAUUUCAUGCUCAUUGUGAACCCCAGCCUUUGGAUCUUGCAGCUCAUGCUCUUGAUCUUAGUGUUAAAACAACACCAACAAAAGUAGAAAAUCAAUGCCUUGUAGACCUAAACAAAUGUAGUGAGCCUAUUCGCACUGCUGCCUCAUCUCUUCUAGCCUUACAAUCAUUUAUUCCUGCCUCUAAAUAAGAUAACACACACACAUACAUUAUUUAUAUCAUCCUCAUUGCAACAUUAACAUUACCAAUCACAAGAUUAGUUUCGUUUAAAACUUUAUCGACACACGCAAAAUACACAAUCUGUUAGACCACUACAUUGAACUUGUUCAUUAAUGAGAUUCUCAACCAUGGACAUCUCCAUUGUAGUGAUCUAGCAUAUACAACUAUUUGUGAUUAAGACGCUCGACUUUUUGCCUUGUACACUAAUCACAAAUACUUUUGAUGCAGUUGUAUAACAUUUACAUAUCUCUAAUGUAGUGAUUUAACAUAUACAAAGAAAAAAAAUAUCAUGUACAUAUAAUACAAAACAAUUAACGCAAUAGUCAUCUUUCUAUUGUUUGAAUAUUGUUUUUCUCAACUGUGCAAAGAAAUUGUUUUUUGGCUAUGAAUUUAGUUGUUCACCGCUAACAAUUAAACAAAAACAUUCAGAUAAACCCAAACCAUUCCAGUUUAAUAUAUUGAAUAUAGGGCUCAGCACGAUGCUCUUAAUUGCUGAUUACAAACAAAAAUUAAUUCCAUCUUGUUUUCUUGUAAAACUUGUAAUGUUUUUUCCCUUUCUCAUAUUUCGCUAUCUUUCCAACAUUCAAACAACUUGUCAAAAUAUCUGUUAUCUGAGGAUUUCCUCCUUUUGUUCAAUUCUACCAAAAAAAAUCUACGGAAAUUCAUGGACCCAAUCAUUAUGCAUCCCAUUAUUUUCGACAAAUUGUUCCAGUUCCUAGUUUUGCAUCUUGAAGCUUUACUUCAGUCUAAUUGAAACCAAAAUUAUUGCUUAAAUAAAGAUAAAAUUAAAUCUAUGAAA